UAAUAAAUUUGACGUAUUAACUAAUAUAUUGUAGCGUUCUAAAGCAAAAAAUCGUAUUAAGUAUGCAUUUAUGAAAUCAAAGUAUUUUUUUUAGUAAAUGUAUCGAUGGCGCCACUGACAUCAACAAACAUCAACAUCUGAACAUAAUCUAACGUUAAUUAACGCAGUUAAACUUAGACAUGCUUUUCUAUUACGUUUCCUUUAAUGCUAUUUCGAAGUUAAUGUUAUAGAAGAACUAUUAUUUUACCAAUAAAACUGUGAAUAUUUUAUAAACUUAAACAACGUUACCACGAUGAAUAAGGUUGUUAAAACUUAUUACAGUUUAACGUUAAAUUCGAUUAAACUACGUAAUUUGAUAACGUCAAGUUAUGCAUGUAACACAUUAUCAAAUUUCGAAAAUCCUAUGCAAGAUACUGUAGUACCUAAGAAAUUCGAAAGGCAUGAGGAAAAUGUAAAGAUAUUUAAUGCUUCAAAUUCAGACAAUAAUCUUAAAGAUGUGGCUAAAAGUGAUGCACAAAUUGCUAUGAAAAUGCGUUUGAAUGAAGCUAUUACCUUUUUGAAAUCGUUAUAUUCAAAUAAAGAAUUCAGUUAUGAAUAUAUAAGAGAUUCUAAACAAUUUAAUGAUACAUGUGUAUUGAUACAUAAAAAUGUGAGAUAUUUGAGCAUGGGUCAGAUUAUAUAUACAUUGAAACUUUUAUUACAUUUGAAUGUCCCAUCUAACACUAUAUUAAUUCAAACAUUACUUCAAUUUAUAAAAAUUUCUAUAAAUGAUUUAUCAAUUCUACAAAUAUUACAAGUAUAUAAACUCCUGAUAAAAGAACAACAAUUACCUUUGAUUAAAUCUUUAGUUACUGCUUUGCCAAUAGUUUUUCGUAUACAAGCACAAGUUGAACUAACUAAGGAAGAUAGAGAAACUUUAUUAAGUUCUCUCCAAUUUGCUCAAGAUAUAAAGGAUCUCGAAACAAUGCAAUAUAUUCUUGAUAUUUUAUUCAAGAAUUUCAAAAUUAUAGCUUUGGACUUUAUAGUACCUACUUAUCAUGCAUUAUACAUUUUAUCAAAUGAGUUUGCUCUGCCUAAGCCUUAUAUACAUCUUUUGCAUCAUGUGAAUCAGAAGAUAAAAGAUAUGUCUCGAUUAUUAAGUGAUAGUGACAUAAUAUUUUUACUUUCUCUUAUUUCUAGGAAAGUUCUGAUGGGGGAUAUGCUUUUUUAUGAUGAAAAUGUUGUAGGAGCAUUAACUCAAACUGCUUUAGUUAACAGUGUAAAUUUCAAAGAUAGUCUUAAAAUCUUGAAGAAAUUAAAUUACAUGAAUUACAGCUAUAUUCCUCUGUUAGACCAUUUAUCAGUACAAUAUAUUGAAAGUCCAUCUCUGUUAUCAGAUUGUACACAAUAUGAAGUAUACAAUUUUCUGAGAGGUUUAAAUAUUGCCAAUCAUAAACCACAGAAUUGGGAACUAUUAAAACCAAUGAUAUGCGAAUAUAUUAUUAAUAAACUCUAUGAAAGUUAUUCAUUUCCUAAUUUAGCAACAACUGUAUUACAUCUAUUGGCACUGGAUUGUUAUAAUUCACAGCUCAUUGAAAAAGUUUUUACCUUAUAUCAUUCUAUAAGCAAUAAUCUAAUUGACAAGAAAAUUAAGUUCAAUGUUUUGAAAUUACAUCAGAUCGUUAAAAGCCUUUAUCCUCAGUAUGAUGGAGUUACAUUAAGUGAAAACACAGUAAAUGAAAUCACAGCAUUAAGCAACACAGACAAGUGUCUUUCCUUAAAACAAUGUUUAACAGAAAUAGUAGGAGGUGAUGAAUACAUAAAAAGUGGUUUGAAAACAAAAUUGGGUCAUCAUAUUGACUAUACUAUUGUGGUAAAACCAGAUGGUUCUCCAAUAGCUAUUAAUGACAACAAUGAUAAUAUAUUCGCGGAAGAAUUAGAAAUACCACCAGAAUGUCGCAAGUUAUUUAUUUUUGUUAUUCCAUCAAACGCAUAUUCUUCUAAUUUAGAAUGUAUGCACAGUAUAUGGGAAAUGGAGAUAAAAUCAUUAGUAGCUUUGAUGGAAUGUAGCACUGUUACCAUAAAAUUGAGUUUAUGGGUUAAACUUCCUACAAAUGAACAAAGAAAUUAUCUUCAAAAAGCUAUAAAAUUAAAAUGUAAAGUUUCAGAGUGUACAAACAAUUAAUUUUAGAUGUUAUUUAAAAUAUUUGUAAUAGGUAAUUGUAAGUGACAAAAAUGUAAACAAGUACAAUAAGUAUAAAUAUGUUAAAAAGAGAAUAAAAAUCUUAUUUUUACCAUUCAAA